AUAAAAUUUUUGACCAAUAAAAAAAAUAACUAAGCACCCUGUCACCGCUCGCCACCGUUCUCUAAUGAUCUGUCACGUCCCUUCUUCUCUCAACGCUUAAUCCUCACCGUUGAUUUCCUCACCCUCCAAUCCUCAUUCCACGGUCCGCACUCCCUUUCUCUUAUCAUCUCCUCUUUUCGUCGGCGAAUUUAAUUUAUCGCAGGACUUUGCUUGUUCCGGUUGCAGGAUAUUCGUAUUCCGCUUUUGAAUUACCUUACACGCGAAUGUGCUUGCAUCAAGUUGAAUGUGACAGCAGCCGUUGCUUUAAACUGUGAAAGAGAGUUGGUUUUUGCAAAUUUAUGACUUUAUGUGCGAAGUAUAGAAGAAAUAAUGGAUGGAAUACAUGGAAGCAACGUACAAAUGCAAAUAAAUGAGGGGCAGCAUCCAAUGCAUAAUGUGCAUUACGCACAAGAACAUGAAUUGCAUCAUAUGAGCAACGGGGAUGUGAUGGAUGAUGAGCAUGAUGAUGAUGGAAAUGGUAAUGUUGGGGGAGGCGAGACUUUGGAAGGGGAUCCACCAUCUGACCCUGGGAGUCUUUCGGAUAAUCGUGGCAAUGGUGAUAAUGGGGACCAGCUGACAUUGUCUUUCCAGGGUCAAGUUUAUGUGUUUGAUUCGGUUUCCCCCGAAAAGGUUCAAGCAGUACUGUUAUUAUUGGGGGGCCGUGAAGUACCUCCAACUAUGCCUGCCAUCCCUAUGACUAGUCAUCUCAAUAAUCGGACAUUGAACCAGGGGCUACCUGGUACCCCGCAACGGUUAAGUGUGCCACAGAGGUUAGCUUCAUUGAUUAGAUUUCGUGAAAAGCGGAAAGAGCGAAAUUUUGAAAAGAAAAUUCGUUAUACCGUCCGUAAAGAAGUAGCACUUAGGAUGCAACGAAAUAAAGGCCAGUUUACUUCCUCAAAGUCCAAUAAUGACGAUUCUGCAUCAGCAGUUUCAAGCUGGGGCUCCAACCAUAGCUGGAGUGUGGAUGGUAAUGGAUCCCAAAAUCAAGAGAUUGCCUGUCGUCACUGUGGUAUCAGUGAGAAGUCUACACCAAUGAUGCGACGUGGACCUGAAGGGCCUAGGACCCUUUGCAAUGCAUGCGGACUCAUGUGGGCAAACAAGGGAACUCUGAGGGAUCUGUCCAAGGCAGCACCCCAGCCUGGACAUAAUUCUUCCAUGAACCGGAAUGAGGAGAACGGAAAUUUGAAGGCAGACAAAAUUGUUACAAUUGGGGGAAACAUGAAUGGCUCCUCAUGAUAGCGCCAUUUCGCUUGAGCUUGUGUGUAGAGAAUACUGCUAGAAUCAACUUAAAUGAGGAGCUAGCAUGCAUUUAGAUGGUUUUUACAGGUUGGUAGAGAAACUUAACUUCAACUGUUUUGAACUUGAUUUUAUGCAAGACAAAACACAGGGUUUGUUGUGCAUUAGCCAUUCUUAGAAAUUUCAGUGGAGAAUAAUGUGUCAGUGAGACAUGGUUGUGUUAUUGUUCUUCCCUUUAUUUUAAUUAAUAUUAUGUUAGUUUGUUUCUUUGAUAA